GUGCUUGCCCCUCCCUAUGGGAGACCUUUCACCCCUCCUUUUAAUUGCAUCUGGAAAGGGGAGGGAUGAACAGCCUCCUUUACUUACAAUGCCCUUGCAAGAAGAGCAGUUGCCUGGAUGACAGACGGAGGGAGAAAGCUGUCAGAGUAGGUGAGCCCUGGAUGUUGCAGAAAGUGGUCCUUUGGAUGCUCCAUCACAGGGGAGACUCUGCCUUCUUGCAAACUCUCCAAAACUCUACCAUUGACCUCCUGCUCCCACUGGCUUUGGUUUGGCUCCUGGCAGAUCAGUCUUCUUCAGUUGCGGAAGUAAAGCUCCUCCAGAAAGAUGGCUCACAACUCACAAGUCAAUAUCACAUUGACGGAGUCCAGUACGAAUGGUGUCCCAAGUAGGAAGCUGUCUACCUGGAGCUCAUCAAGGGCCACCACCAUUACCUUUCACAACAUCUACUACAGAGUGAAGCUGAAGACUGGGUUUUUUGGUUGUCGAAAAAUAGUUGAGAAGGACAUUCUGAGGGAUAUCAAUGGCAUCAUGAGGCCUGGACUGAAUGCAAUUCUGGGGCCAACUGGCAGUGGCAAAUCUUCACUUCUGGAUAUUUUAGCUGCAAGGAAAGAUCCUCAUGGCUUGAGUGGAGAUGUUCUCAUUAACGGUGCUCCUCAACCUGCCAAUUUCAAGUGCAUGUCUGGAUAUGUAGUACAGGACGAUGUGGUGAUGGGGACCUUGACUGUGAGAGAGAACCUUCAAUUUUCUGCAGCCCUCCGACUACCAAAGACUUUGAGGCAGCGAGAAAAGAAUGAAAGGAUAGACCAGAUCCUCAAUGACCUGGGCUUGACCAAAGUGGCAGAUUCAAAGGUUGGAACCCAGUUCAUUCGUGGCGUGUCAGGAGGAGAAAGGAAAAGAACUAAUAUUGGAAUGGAGCUCAUAACUGACCCUGCAGUCUUGUUCUUAGAUGAGCCAACCACUGGAUUGGAUGCCAGCACAGCCAAUGCAGUACUCUUGCUCCUGAAAAAGAUGGCAAGGCAGGGGAAAACAAUAAUCUUUUCCAUCCAUCAGCCUCGCUACUCCAUCUUCAGACUAUUUGAUAAAUUGACCUUAUUGGCUGCAGGAAGAAUGCUGUAUCAUGGACCUGCUCAAAAUGCCAUAGAUUAUUUCAAGUCCAUUGGUUAUGAAUGUGAACCAUACAACAAUCCCACUGAUUUCUUUCUGGAUGUCAUUAAUGGAGACUCAACAGCUGUGACUUCGAACAAGACUGAGGAAAUUGAUAUAGACAACAUUGAUGAGCACAUGGAUCGUGAUAAGACAUUGGCAGAGAAAUUAGCAGAGAUGUAUGCCAAUUCUGAUUACUACCAAGAAACCAAAGCCGAGCUGGAAAAGCUAUCUUUCUCACCUAAGAAAAGAGAGACCACUUUCCAACAGAUCACUUAUUCCACAUCUUUCUGCCACCAGCUCAAGUGGGUCUCAAAACGGACAUUCAAAAAUUUGCUAGGCAACCCGCAAGCCUCUAUAGCACAGUUGUGUGUUACUGUUUUCCUGGGACUGGUUGUAGGUGCCAUAUUCUUUGGUGCGAAAAAUGACGCAAGUGGCAUGCAGAACAGAGUUGGUGCCAUGUUCUUUAUGACUACCAAUCAAUGCUUCAGCAGCAUCUCUGCUAUUGAACUGUUUAUUGUGGAAAAGAAGAUAUUUAUACAUGAAUAUAUCAGUGGAUACUACAGAAUUUCUGCAUUUUACUUUGCAAAGCUAAUGGCUGAUUUAUUACCCAUGAGAACUUUACCAAGCAUCAUCUUCACAUGCAUUAUUUAUUUCAUGAUAGGUUUUAAACGAACAGCAGCAGCCUUCUUUAUAAUGAUGCUUACCUUGACGAUGGUAUCCUUCACAGCUACUUCAAUGGCACUUGCUAUUGCCACAGGACAAAGUGUGGUGUCUGUGGCCAAUCUACUCAUUACCAUUGCCUUUGUUUUCAUGAUUAUUUUUUCCGGGUUGUUGGUAAAUCUCACCACUAUCAUGAAUUGGCUUUCGUGGCUCAAGUACUUCAGCAUUCCUCGCUAUGGCAUGACAGCACUGCAGAUUAAUGAAUUCGUUGGCCUAGAUUUCUGCGGCUUAAGUGUCAAUUUGACGAAUCCUAACUGUACAGAUGUUAGCACACUUCAAAUGUGCACUGGAGAUCAGUACCUCAAAAACCAAGGGAUUGAUGCAACUCCUUGGGGUCUAUGGCAGAACCAUGUUGCACUGGCAUGCAUGACUGUCAUUUUCCUCAUAAUUGCAUAUUUGAAGUUGGUUUUUAUGAAAAAGUUAUCUUAAACAUGUAGACAGGUCUGUGAUCCAGACUUGCCUGGCGCGUCUUCAGUUGGCAAGCUGCAGUAGUCUUCCCCAACCUGGUUCACUUCAGACUGUUGGACUAUAACUCCCAUCAUCCCCAGCCUACAGGACAGUUAAAAUAUGCACAUGGCACACCAAGUUGGUAGAAGACUGGGCUAAAAGAUGGACUAUUAUAUUGUCAACUGAUUUCUUCUUGUUUUAUUUCUUGAAUGAACACAUCAUGAACAUAAUAACAGCACUACUGUACAAAAGAUUAGCCUUUAUAGUUCUGAUUUUCUCAUUUGUUAUAUCGACAUACCUAUUACUGGCACAUAUUACUCCAAGCAAUCAGAACUCUGGAAAUCACUAAUUGUUCUCAAUAACUAGCAUAAACCAAUCUAGACUUUGCAAGCUUUAUAGACCAAUGUAAGUGAGAGUUAUAUUUAAUUCUCCUAUUGAAAUAUAGGGGAAAUCAAAUGCUUAAAUCUAGCUAGGGCUCUUUCACAUUACACAGUUACAGUAAUAAGAUUCCAUUUUAACUGGCACAACAACAUAUGGAAUGUUGCUAUUUAUGGAGGAGAAUUAUAGUUCUCAGUGAGAGAGUUGUAGUGCCUCACAAAUCUACAAAUCCCAGGGUUACAUAGGAUGGACCCAUUGCCAUUAAAGUGCCAUCAUCAUGUUACAGCUCUGUCAUCUGAAAGAGCCCCUGGCUGGAUAUAAUUUGUAAAAAAAAAGGUGCCUUUGAGAAGCUUGUUUCACACUUUGAGAGGUAGUAUAGGCAUUGUCCCAAACAGCUACAGUUCUAGGAGCAAGAAACCUGUGGAUGUUGAAAACUGAUCCAUUUUUUGUCAUAGCAUUGUACUACUACUUUGGAAAGUAUUUUUGGAAUGUUCAGAGAACUUGUUGCACAAAUUUAGGUGUUCAGUAAAUACAGUACAUGGAGGAAGCAGGACUGUACUUGCUGGGGGCCUGUGCCCAGCAUCAUACCUUCUGCUCACUCCCUAUCUUUGCGUCCAUGUGUCUGGCAUGAUAAGGGAAAAGGAGAACCUGCAGGACUACAGCAACUUGGAGAAUGGCUCCCCUUCUAGUUCAAAAUCAUAACUAACAAGUUGAUAUGUAUGGAUGGGGCUUUCUAAACAUAGCAUGUGUCUGCAUCAGCGUCAACUCAUUUGAACAUCCCUGUGUGAUCAGCUAAUGGUGUUAACCUAUCAGCAAACAUAUACAAUUUAAUAAUAAUGCGGCUAACUACAUUUAAUAUAAUAAUGGGCAUUUUUAAUUCUUGUCUAACACAGAAGGCUGUUGGAGGGAAUGAUUGUAUGUAAAGAAUCAGGGGAGGGAAUGAGCCAUCAUUUCAUUUCUUCCACCCAUGGCUUCACACUCCAAUGUAUUACCACAUAUCAAAUGAAGGCUGUUAUUUCACUGCACCUUUGUAUUUUAUGCAGUAUGUUAUUCCCUACUCCACUAUAGAAGCCAGUCAAUAAAUUAGCAUACCUCAAGUUUAAUUUUAAAAAAAUGUUUAUGUUCCUCAUAUUAUUGUCAUUGAAUGAAGAGUAUAGUAUAUAAAUUAUAACCAAAUAGUUGAUGGAUUGCUGCUUAUUAUACUUGAUGUAAAUAAUCAUCUUUUUUGAAAUCCAAUCAAUUACAAACAGUAUUAUUAAUUCUUCAGGGUUUUUUUUUUAAUUUAAAGAACAAGAAUGCCUUUCUAUCAUGUAGACUCUUUGUCCCAUUUUGAACCAAAUAUAGGAUGAUUAAGAUUGUAUUUCUACCUCCACUCCUAUGUCUUAAACUUUGGCUGCAUCUGCACUGCAGAAAUAAUCCAGUUUGACACCACUUUAACUGCCAUGGCUCAGUGCUAUAGAAUUUUGAGAAUUGUAGUUGGUUGUGGUGGAGCUCCCAGUUCCCAGAAUUCCAUAGCACUGAGCCAUGGCAGUUAAAAGUAGUGUCAAACCAGAUUAUUUCUGCAGUGUGGAUGCAGCCUAUGACCUCAAGAUUUCAAACUCCACAGUUGAGCAAUAUCCUUUUUCGGACUAACCAAUUUAUCUGCAAAUGGCAAACGAUUUGGAGUUUUCCAGCACUCCUAGAGAGAGA